UAUUUAAACGACUUCUGCGAAAGAUUUAUAAUAAUCAUUCAAAAGACUUGUUCAAUUUAUUUCUUCGAAAUCGAAUCAAAAUAUCACUUUGUGAAAAAUUGUUCGCCAGCUGAGAAUAGUGGUAGCGACAUUUUUUUCUCAAAUUAUUCAUAAUUCGCGCUAGCUUCUGCCCCGAUUGUAGGGGGAUUAGAUCUGUGCCAUUGUUCUCUAUCAAUUAUUAAAGGAAAUUAUUCAAUUCCUUUGAACUACAGUAGGAGAAAAAUGCGAUUUGAAUUUCGAGAUGAGAUUUUAGUAAUCUCGUGUUGUACACCGUAAUCACUUGAGGUUCACUAUUUUCAAGCAAGCAGCAAAUAUAUAUGAAACUCAUUUUAAGGAUGAAUUAUUCCACUCUCUUAUAGCCGAAAAUUCCGUUAAUGUUUCAAAACUCUGCAAAUAGUAAAAAUCCAAAAAAAAGUUCAGCUAUCUUUAAAAGUUUUUGACAAAUGAUUUCCUGUUAUGACUUUUAUUAAUAUGGAUCUUAAUAUUCAAUGGACUAUUUUAUUUUCCAACAAUUCUUCGGCAAUCUUAUUACAUUUCAAUAUAUAUAUUUGCAACAUUGAUAGAUGGUUGAAAUGCCUCAUGCGAAAAAAAGAAUGCUCGACCUCGAAUAUACCCAUCAUAAAAAGUGAAUAUCUAUAAUAGAAUGAAAACACUUCAAUGUAUACUAUUCCUUACAAAAGCUGAUCGAGGUGAUCUAUCAGUUGCAUGAGUGUUGAAAGAUAACUGCAAAAUAGAUACACGGUUUACUACUCGAGCAUCCUUGAUAUUUUGAGAAAUUUCAAAGUUACACUUUUUUCUCAGAUGAAAGGAGAAUACCGUGUAACUCAUAUUUUCUGUAAAAUGUCAAGUCUCCGGCCAUCCCCCGAAUAAAACGUGCAACAAAAUUUUUACCAACCAACCAACUGAUAGAUCGCCUUAAUUCCAUAAAAAUUUCAACCCAACCGUUAUAUAUACCGGAUGUGUAUGUAUACAUAUAUAUACAAUCGAUUAAGGGCGGGUUGUUCCAACUUCUAGGUAGCUUUAUUUGGCGGGUAAAAGCAUUGAUUUGUAGACCUUGAACUGUCAGACGGGCUUACCUAGAAGUUGGAACAACUCGUCCUAAGCUGAUAUAAGAUUGAGAUCUAAUUUUAAUUAAAGUUGUUAUUGUUAAGAAUUUAGCACAUAAGAAAUGAGUACUUAAAAUCACUCUGCCCUAUAGAUGAUUUACCGCAACGAAAUCACCAGUACAAAUUCGUAUAUAUAAUAAUAACUAAAGUUUAAUUAUUUCUUUAUUCCUCUUGUGUAACGGUCUAUGGAGGGUUGAGUCGAAAAAACGCGGUAAAAGAAAAUACAAAUAUAGUGUUUUGUCGCCGCAGGUGCAGCACUGUCUGGUGUGUACGAACGUACCUAACCUGCCGAAUAAUAUUGCGCGGCUAAAAUAGCAAUGCUUUUGAAAGCAAUCAGAAAACCUAACAAAAGUAUAAACAAAGCAAAAUUUCUCUUCAACAAUUGAUGGAGAAUAAUAGAAAAAAUUAGUGGUUAACGUAUCAUCAGCGUUGAUAAACCGGUAUACAAAAGUGCUACGCAUUUAUAGGUUAAUCGUACAAAAAUUCAGUAAUUCUAUCGAGCCACAUUAGCUAAGAGAGACAAUUUAAAAAAAAUUGACUCGAAAAACUUGGAAGGAAAUUGUCUCGAAAAAACUCUACGUGAAUUUGCAUAAAAAAUGCAGUCGUUUUUGAAAACGGGAAAACUGGGACCGAGUGAAGUCAGAAAAGCUUCGACUUCGAAAUCGAAGGAUCAAAGAGUAGGUCCAGCAGCACCUUGGGUAGAAAAGUAUAGGCCAAGGACAGUGGAGGAUGUGGUUGAACAGGCGGAAGUUGUACAGGUACUGCGUCAAUGCUUGAGUGGUGGAGAUUUCCCAAAUUUGUUGUUGUAUGGCCCACCGGGAACAGGAAAAACGAGUACGAUAUUAGCUGCAGUACGUCAACUCUUCGGCGACAUGUACAAGGAAAGAAUUCUCGAGUUGAAUGCAUCAGACGAACGAGGAAUUCAAGUUAUCCGGGAGAAAGUUAAAUCGUUCGCUCAGCUGACGGCUAGUGCUGUGAGACACAAUGGAAAAGCAUGUCCAGCAUUUAAAGUUGUUAUUUUGGACGAAGCCGACAGCAUGACAACGGCAGCUCAAUCUGCUUUGCGUCGUACUAUGGAACGAGAAUCUCACAGCACUCGUUUUUGUCUGAUUUGCAAUUACGUUUCUCGUAUAAUUGAGCCUCUUACAUCGCGUUGUACCAAAUUCCGUUUCAAGCCUCUGAGUCAAGACAAAAUUAUAGAACGUCUGGAAUACAUUUGCAAGGAAGAAGAUAUUGUUACGGAAAAACCAGUUUUGAUGGAACUGGUAGAAGCUUCGGACGGUGACCUGAGAAGAGCCAUAACUUCUCUUCAAUCGGUCACCAGGCUCAAAGGUAAAGGAAUUCCAAUAACGGUCAACGAUGUCCUCGAAGUGAGCGGCGUUGUGCCUCACAAUUGGCUCGAGCGCAUGCUUCAAGUUUGUGAAUCUAGAGAAUACAAUAUGAUUGAACAAUUCAUCGAUGAUUUCAUGCUCGAAGGUUACGCCGGCUCACACGCCGUUGAACAACUCAAUGAUAUCAUCAUUCGAUCCGAUUCCUUUACCGAUAAACAAAAAACUUUUCUUGGGGAAAAACUCGCCGAAUGCAGCUAUAGAUUGCUCGAAGGUGGUAGCGAAUAUUUACAGCUCAUUAGCUUAUGCUGCGCCAUAUCUAAAGCUUUUUCCAUAAAAUAAUAAUUGAAUGCCCGGUGUAUUUGGCUCGGUCAUGUUUUUGCCUUCAAGCGUAUUACACUGUUUUCUAAAAGAGACGUUUUCAUAAAUAUAAGCAUCGAAAUGUAUUUUUCAAUUGAAUAUAUUUUUCUACUGAUUCCCGUACGUGCUGCAACGUCGAAGCAAUUUCCUUCAAUGUUCAAAGCAAAAACAAUGUAAUUUAUGCAAUGAUCUCGGAGUUCCGUCGUUGAGAUACGAAAAUCUUUUAUGACGCUGAAGUUUCCAACGUUGGAGUCCAACGAAAUGAUGGAAAAAACUCUCCAAUAAUUCCAGUAAUUCUCCUAUUUUGUUCCCUGCCAAAUUUCCGAUUCGUAGUUUUUCAAGCUGCACCAACGAUUCAUGAAAUAAAAAAUUGGUGAAUUACAAACGUUUUUUUCGUUCAUUUCGUUGGACUCCAACGUUGGAAACUUCAGCGUCGUAAUCUUUUUUGUCUUUGAUUCUCAGUUGAAAUGUAUUCUACUGAUGUAAUUUUUUGUUUAGUAGCUUGAAAUGCAAAUGAAUCGUGAACAUUCCAAAAAAAAUUUAUCAAUAUUAUUCGUCCCAAAUUUGUAAAAACUCGUUUGUUCAAAUGUUCGUACAUCUCGUGUCUGAAGUUUGUCCUAGCGAAACAAAAAAUGUUUGCAAGUAAAUUUAACCGGUGAAAAAAAGCUCAAGAUUAUUUGUCACUUGACUAUUGAUAUGUCUCGUUAUCGCUUAAUCGUACUUAACAAUUGCCUGUUGAUAAAAGAGGAUCGAGAGAAUUAUUGUGCUGCGUUCACUAUGCAAAUUUUCUCGAAAAAAUUGUCACGCCUCUUGACGUUGACGACGAAUGCAUUCGUUUAGCGCAUCUCAGUUGCGAAGAUGGGACCAUACCGCCGAUAAGGAGAGCAAACGUUUACAGAGCAUUUGCAAAAUUCAUGGAAUUGAUUUUUUUUUUUUUUAUUCACAAAAUAAUCAGUAUGGAAUAUUCAAAAACAAUAACGGCGUUCUCAAUAUUGUAAUGCGAUUAAUAUAGUUCAUUGAAAAAAAUAAAGUUAAGAGUAAUUAAGAGUUAAA